AAGGCUGGCGGGUGCGGCGCCCCCUGUGGGGGGCCUCGCGGGCCUGCUUGGCCUCGUGCUCUCUGGCGCUGCUGCUGUGCCGCAGGGGGUCCCUCGCCGUGGCGGGGGGUGCGAGACUUGACGGAGCCCAUCGUGCAGAGCGCCGGCCACGAGGCGCCGUGCCGUGCCGAUCCAGAAAGAGCUGGCGAUGUCACGGGUCCACGGCGAGUUCCCGCGCGCCAUGGUCAAGAGCGCCCACAUCGACGAGGACGCGGUGGAGACGGCCUGCGCGGCGCUGGCCAACAGCGUGCUGAAGGGCAACACCUACCAGUUCGAGGCCCUUCAGGUUGUGCUCCGCUCCAUGAUGCCGCCCCUCGCGGGCUCGCAGCAGGUGCGCGGGCCGCCGCCAGAGGCCUUCCCCGAGAAGGCCAGGAUGAAGUGGUCCGAGGAGGACGGACAUGGCCGGGCCCCAAGAGAACCUGCGGCUGCUGCAGGGCUUCGAGGCGGAGUACGCCAGGCGCGUGGCCUUCGCCAGGGAGGGCUUCCGAGACCCGCUGGUGCUCGAGGGCGCCCUGGAUCUGGCAGUCGCCUACCUCAAGUGAUGGGCCUGUUUUCCACCACCACCACCAUAAAUUGGAGGGGGAGGAGGUCCUCCUCCUCCUCCUCGUCCUCCUCCUCCUUCUGGUCCUCCUCCUCCUCGUCCUCCUGCUCCUCCUCCUCCUUUCCCCCUCCAACUCAUGGUGGUGGUGGUGGUGGAAAACAGGCGCAUCAUCAAGAACUACGCCGUGGAUAAGGCGGACGCGCUGUACGCCGCGAUCGAGCCCUACUGCAUGGAGCGCGGUCUGCCCUGGGACAUCAAGUGGCUGCAGGACUGCGCCACCCUCCGCUGCAAGCAGGCGAGGCAGCCAGAAGCGGCUGUGCUGCUUGAGGAGAUUGCGAAGCGGACGCCCCCGCACCCCGCGACCCUCAACAAUCUCGGGACCGUCUACAACAUGAUGCGGCAGCCCGAGAAGGCCGAGGAGUACUUCCUGGCGUCCAUGGAGGUUGCCGGCCACAGCGAACCUGAGAAGGACGACCUCUGGAACAUUGGCAUUGCCAGAAAGAAUAUGGGGCGGUAUGAUGAGGCGCUACCGUUGCUGCUCAAGGCUCUGGAGCAGUGGGAGCGUGAAGAGCCUGACGACGACGUGACGUUGGCGAAACUGCAAGACACUGUCGGUAGCUGCUACGAUCUGAUGGGGCAGCCAGACAAGGGUGUCGAGCACUUCACCAAGGCACGUAUACUUUUCGGGCGAAGCAUCGGUGCAGACAGCCCGCUCUAUGGCAGCGCCUGCGAGGGGCUGACGAAGUCACUGAUCCAUGCUGGCAGGUACGCGGAAGGCUUCGACAGGUUGGAGGAGACGUUCCUGAACGUCGCGGAAAAGGACGACGCCGUCCAUCCCACGCCCCUCUUCGAGCUCCUCGGGUACGCGCUCGAGGAUCGGCGUCGAUCCCCUGCCCCAGGACAGCAGGGAGCUCGCGCGACUGGAGGUGCCGAUCGAGCUCGCGGUCCGCAACCUGGUCCACAGAGGCAUGGACCGAGACGGCAACGCUGG